AUGUCUACCCGAAGGCCCCAGUUCAACCAGACCGUCCUCAUCGACACCACACCCCUCCCCGAUGACAUCCCCAAGGUCCAGGAGGUCGGCGCCAGUUCUGCACCACUACUAUCCGCUUCUUACUUCAUCGGCGCUCGCUGCCGCGACUACAACGAUGACUACAUGCAGUGCAAGAACGAGAACCCCGGCCGCGGCGAGUUCGAGUGCUUGAAGGAGGGCCGCCGUGUCACUCGUUGCGCUUCUAGCGUUAUCGAGGACGUCAACAAGCACUGCCUUGAGCAGUUCACCAACCACUGGAAGUGCCUCGACAACCACAACCACCAGCUGUGGCAAUGCCGCCCCUUCGAGUGGCGGCUCAACAAGUGUGUCUUUGACAACUUGAAACUCGAGAAGAAGAUCCCCGACCAGCCUGGGAACGUCACCCCCGUCGAGCUCCGACCGCAGCAGAUCUUUGCCGACCGCAAGUUCCGCUCCAUCGAGGGCAAGCCCUUUGUUCCUGGGCAGGAGGCGAAGCAAUAA